AUGUUCAGAGUGAUCAGCAGGAUGGUUUCUGAGCAGCCCAAUAAACUUCGCAAAGUUGACGGCAAGGGAUUUCGAGUUCGCCAGGUGUAUCAGGAUGCAGCACAGAAGUCUGCAUACGAAAAGCUUGGAGGAGACAAGAACGCUAAGAACUUGACGGACAUACCCUUGAAUAAGACUAUCAAAGAGGAGGAAGACGAUGCGGUGUACAGCAUAGACGGCCCCGUCCGGAGAUUGAGGCCGUAUUACUUUACCUACAUGACUCACUGUAAGCAGCGAUGGAUCGAUCGAAAUAUCCUGGACGUAUUUGCACAUGAAUUUCGGUUGCAUCCAAAAAGCUACUAUCAAAAUGCAUUAGAAAAGGGCAGAGUGACCAUUAACGAAAAAGUUGCCAACACGGAUACAAUAUUGAAAAACGGCGAUUUGAUAUCGCACAGAAUGCACCGCCACGAACCUCCAGUGACCUCAAGACCCGUGAAGAUUGUACAUCAAGAUGACGAACUGUUGGUGAUCGACAAACCGUCUGGAAUACCUGUCCAUCCUACAGGACGGUAUCGUCAUAACACAGUGACUUUUAUUUUAGAGAGAGAAAUGGGAAUCAAGGCCCAUCCUUGUAAUAGACUUGAUCGACUGACGAGUGGGUUGAUGUUUCUGGGCAAGACUGCUGCGGGGGCAGAGAAAAUGGUCAAACAGAUGCGCGAAAGAGAAGUCUCCAAGGAGUACAUUGCUAAGGUCGUUGGCGAAUUUCCUGCACACCAGGAAAUUGUCUGCGAGGAACCUUUGAGAACAGUGGACCCUAGAAUCGCGUUCAAUAUUGUUGAUCGUGAAAAUGGAAAAGAAGCCAAAACAGUGUUCAAAAGACUCUCGUACGAUGGAACCACGAGCCUGGUGAUCUGUAAGCCGCUGACUGGCCGCACGCACCAAAUCAGAGUUCAUCUACAAUAUCUCGGAUACCCCAUAGUGAAUGACCCGUUGUAUUCCUCUCCCAAGAUUUGGGGGCCAAGCUUAGGAAAAGGUGCCGACUUUAACAUUGAAGCCAUUGCGGAAAAAUUAUCCAAGAUUGGCAAAACAGAGCCUGCCACCAGCUGGCUACAUCCAAAUGAUGAUGGAGAAAUACAGUCAACAGGCCAGUAUUGUAGCGACUGCGGUGGUGAGCUUUACUCCGACCCUGGCCCUAAUGAUCUGGACCUCUACUUGCAUGCUUAUAAAUACAGCUCGUCGCAGGAGAAUGGUUGGUCUUACCAAACAGAGCUUCCAGAAUGGGCCGUGGAGACACAAAAAAAGUACAUGGCUCUUGCCCUGGAGCAGGCAGAGAAAUGUCCGCAGAUCGAUACAGCAUUCCGUGUGGGGGCAGUCAUUACUCGUGGCGGCGAGGUAAUUUCUACUGGCCACACGAGAGAACUAGAAGGCAAUACACACGCAGAACAGUGUGCCAUGGAAAAAUAUUUCCAAAAAACAGGUUCUCGAACUUUGCCGCCUGGCUGUGAGAUCUACACUACAAUGGAGCCAUGCAGCGAGCGCUUGAGUGGUAAUAAACCAUGUCUGGAUCGGAUCCUCGAUUACAAAAACUGCUUCACAACUUGCUAUGUCGGAGUUAUGGAGCCAAAUACUUUUAUUUCCGUUAAUGUCUCUCGCAAAAAAUUGGAGGAAGCAGGCAUAUCGUACAUCCAGGUGCCUGGAUUCGCAGAGAAGAGUCUCGAGGUUGCAAAGCGGGGCCAUAAAAAGACUAAAUAG